GUUGUGAUGCGUGGACACAUUAUAGUCUUGUGUCUUGGGUCUCACAGCACAGCAGACACGCUCAUCCAGAUGACAGGACCGGUUGAAUGCAGCCUGAGGGAAGUACUGUAUCAUUGACCCAGUACUGGUCACUCUCAUCAGCCAGAGCUAUCCUGUCCUGCAUGCUACUGUAAUGGCCUGCAAGUUACCCCUCAGUUAGUCACGUCCACCUCCAUCACUUCCAGACACUGCUACUGUAGGUCAAGAGGCCGAGAUUAUUUUACGGUUAUGGUUAUGGUUAUGGUUAUGGUUAGCGGAUUUGGUAGACGCGUUUGUCCAAAGCGAUGUACAAAAAAAAAAAAAAAAACUGUAACAGUGACAGUUGGUCAGGCUACAUUAGGGAGAAUAGCAAUAAUAAGCAAUGUCAAUUUAAGCAACAGCCUAAAGAAAAUAAACAAUGACCAUGAAGGAGAAUAGCAAAUAACAAUAUUGCCCAUUCAAUCAAUCAUAAUUAUAAUAGCAAUAACUAUGGCAUGGUAAGGCCGUAUACGUUUAGGAUCAUAGCAUAAACAACAAUGUCAAUUUAAUAUACUACCAAGCAUAAUCCAUAAGAAGCGCAUAAGUGCAUGUUGAGCAGAAAUGCCUUUAGACCCCUCUUGAGAGAUCCAAAACUAUUACAGGAACGGAGAAUACUGGGCAACUCAUUCCACCAGCAGGGAACCACUGAAGAAAAGAGUCUUGAAUUUGAUCUGAUGUUUCUAGCUGGUCGACACGAAAGACGUUCAUCAGAAGACCACAGUGGGUGGUUGGGGGUGUACAUCUUGAUCAAUUAAUUAAAAUAGCAAUAUGGACUGGAUGAGAUUAUUUUCUUUGACAGCCCUAACCGUCAUGUUGUGACAUUCCCUAUUCACAGACAUUUCAUGUACACAAUAUGCUUGUGAAAAACAUAAGUACAUGUAUUUGUGACCCCAAACAGAGGUGACAUCAUGUGGUCCUGGUGAACGAAUCUUUUUUGUAUCUAUUUUAUUCGUUAGGCUAGACCAAAAAUCUCUCUCGGUCCACUUAGAAACCAUUAGUAUCACACAUUUGAGAAAUUGAGUGGGAUAAUUGUGCUAUCAAUCCUUUAUAAGAUGACAUAUAGUUAAGAAUAUGUUCUUUACUAAACCUGAUAACAGUUUCAGUCGGCCAUUUUGUUCCAUCAUGAGUGACUAUAAAUGUUUAUAACUAAAUAAGUGUCUGCUGUGCCACCACUGGCAAGAGAACAAAGCUGAUAUCAGUAUUGCAUGUGUUUUUUAUUGGAGCCACUGGAAAUUCCCUCAUGCUGUAAACUUUAAGCUUUGAAAUCAUUUGCUGAAAAGGGGACACAUUCUGACACAUUGUUCAGAAAUAAUUCGAUCAGAAAUAAUUUGUAAAACAAAUCAAAUAAUCAAAUGUAACUUGUCAAUGUGGAAAGGCUUGGCAAAACAAGUGCAGCUGAAAGUCCAAAGAUGAAAGUCCACACUUUUACAAGGAAAGUAGUGAUGUUACAGGAUGACAUUCUGACUGACAAUAAUAAAAGUUUUAUUCAUUCCACAUAUCAUGUUGUAUUGGGCAUCUAUUGUCAUCGGUUGUUGUCUCACAGACCUUUGCUUUUACAACUAUUGGCAUCUCUACUGCAGUUGACCAACAGCAUUCACUUCCAGUUUGCUUUGUAAGCUCUAUAUAAAGACCAGCCAAAGGUGGACUCCAUCAGCUUGGUUAGACACAGUAAGGGAUCCUCUUAUUCUAUUUACACGGCAAGUGCAAAGGCAAGAUGGAGCGAGCCGAUGGUGUUUUCCACCACCACUAUGAUGAGCAAGUCCGGCCAUUGAUAGAUGUCAUCGAUGCCCUCCGCUUCAUUGGCAUUGAUCAGGAUCUGGCCCUGCCUGCCAUAGCUGUGAUCGGAGACCAGAGCUCAGGGAAGAGCUCUGUGCUGGAGGCGCUGUCUGGAGUGGCUCUCCCCAGAGGCAGCGGCAUUGUGACGAGAUGUCCUCUGGAACUGAAGUUGAGGACGCUGAAGCUGGGAGAGAAAUGGACUGCUAUCAUCAAAUACAGCGGGACAGAGAUCAAGUUUGAUGACCCUUCCCUGGUUGAGGAACGUGUCAGGGAUGCCCAGGAUGAGUUGGCGGGAGAUGGCGUUGGGAUCAGCAGCUCUCUGAUCCAUCUGGAGAUCAUGUCUCCUGAUGUGUCUGAUCUCACUCUCAUCGACUUGCCCGGGAUCACCAGAGUCCCAGUGCCUGGCCAACCAGACGACAUCUCAGACCAGAUUAAAAAGCUCAUAUUGCACUUUAUUGAGAAGAGUGCAACGAUUAACCUGGUGGUGGUCCCAUGUAAUGUUGACAUAGCAACAACUGAAGCUCUCAGAAUGGCCCAGGAAGUUGAUCCAGAAGGGAAAAGAACUUUGGCCAUUCUGACAAAGCCAGACCUUGUGGAUGGUGGAACUGAACCAAACAUUUUAAAAAUUGCUCUAAACCAAGUUAUCCCGCUCAGCAAGGGAUAUAUAAUGGUGAAGUGCCGGGGUCAACAGCAAAUUCAUGACAAAAUGUCUCUGGCUGAGGCCAUUCGGAUGGAGAGAGACUUUUUCCAACAUCACAAGUAUUUUAGCUGCCUUCUAGAAGAGGGAAGAGCCACUACCCAGUUCCUUGCUACUGAACUGACCCAGGAGCUGGUGAAGCAUAUCAAGGAUUCUCUUCCAAGAUUGUCUGAUCAGGUGAAUUCAAAGCUGAGCGAUACCAAGCAACUCUUAACUAAGUUCAAGAAAGGUCCUCCACUGGAUCCUGAGGAGAAGAAGGAGUACUUUGUUGAGAUCAUUAGCCGGUUUACUGACAAGAUCAAAUGCCUGGUCUCAGGAGAAGUCAUUAACAGUGAACACCUCUAUGUGCUCCUUCGUGCCCAGUUUGGAGAAUUUAAAAGGGUCCUUGAAAACAGCAAGAAUUCAUUUGGCCAGAAAGUGGAAGAGGUUGUUGCCGACUAUGAUGCAAAACACAGAGGAAGAGAGUUACCUGCUUUUAGCGAGUACAGAGUGUUUUUGAAGACAGCACAAGAUCUGGUGGUGGAGCAACAGCCUCCAGCCCUUGAGACUUUGAAGAACAUAAAAGAUAUUGUCCAAGAUCAAUUUAAGGAAAUCUCAAAAACAUGCUUCUCAAACUAUCCUUACCUCAGACGUUUCACAAUGAAAACAAUAGAAGAUAUCCAGUCGAGACAGGAGACCACAGUGGCAGAGAGAAUCUGUGAGCAGUUUAAGAUGGAGAAGCUGGUCUUUACACAGGACAGCAUCCUCAAUGAAAGACUGGACGCUGCUGAAGAGAACUAUGCUGAUUUAGACAGCAGGAAGAACUACCCCAAGAUACUUAAAGAGUAUUACCAGAUUGUGGUGCAGCGGCUGGCAGACCAGGUCCCCAUGCUGAUCCUGCACUUCCUGCUGCAUGAGUCCAUGCGCAUCCUGUGCCUCAAGGUGCAGGGCCUCAUGGAGAUCCACAAGCUGGACGAGUAUCUGGAGGAGAGCACGGAGAGCAGCCGCCGUCGCAACGAGCUGCAUCACCGCCAGGAGCGCCUCGUCUUCGCGUACGAGAAGCUCAGUGUGUUUUUCUGAGGAGGUCAGCAGUGAGAAGCUCAGUCUGUUCUUCUGAGGAGAUCAGCAGUGAGAAGCUCAGUGUGUUCUUCUGAGGAGAUCAGCAGUGAGAAGCUCAGUCUGUUCUUCUGAGGGCGUUAGGCCACGUUAAUCACAUUUCUCUGAUACAGUUUUGAGUUACUUUUUUUUUUUAGACUCAUGUGUCAUGGUUAUAUUAUGAAUUCAGUCACAACAAUUAUGUGCACAGUUGCCAGUACUUGGAGGAGGAAUUCCAACAGGAGCACAUAUGACCAGGCAAACUCUGUAAGGGCCCUUAAAUGUGAUAAAAAGAUGUAGGGUCUGGGAACUCACCGUAGGCAGGGCUCAAUCCGAGGGGUGGGAUAUAAACAGUUGUCUUUCAAAUUCCCUCUCCGCAAUAUAAUACUAAACGAAUUGUCUUCUUG